AUGUGGCAGCUGCCAUCAGAACCACCACCAGAAGAUGCCGUCUCGGUCCCCAUCCCAUUGCCUACCCUCACCUCGGCCACCUUCGCAAGCGACAGCAACCAUGCAGUAGUAGUAGGAGAUGAUAAUGUCAAAGAGGUCGUUCCAGGACACGCACCCUCGGAUGCCUCAACCAUCGUAUCACCCCAUCCACACUCCAAACCGUUACCGAAACUACCCUCCCAAUUCUCUCCAAGCACUGCGCCCAAAUACCCUUCCACAAGCACAGCUGCAAGCGCGGCACUAGGACCCAACGGAUCCACCAUCAGUAAUCGGGGUACGCGGUCCUCUGUGAAUGCAUAUUCAUCAGAGCAGCCGACUGGGACCGCUCGAUUGGUCGUACGGAUUGAGCGGGACCAUCAUUUGGGCGACGAAGCAACCCGAUUCGAAACCGAGCAGUUUCCAGAGGAAUUCCUUGGACGAAUAACCCGUCAAGAACUCAAGGCGACGGUAGAGGGGAUCAAUGAGUGCAUGCGCGAUGCGGAAGAGUCGAUCAUGAAUUGUCUAGAUACGUUUCUGGAUUGUCUUACAGCAUACACGGCUAAGUACUGUUUUGGGACGCAUUAUCAGCGGGCAAUUCGGAAGAUGGAGCAGUUCAUUGAACAGGAGAACAGGCGACUGUAUCAUCCCGCGAGGAUGCACCUGAGAGAUCCACAGAAAGUCGGCAUGAUCUAUCUUGAGUUCGAGAUCUUUUAG